AUGGCGAACCAUACACCCUCCAAAGAUAAUGCUUCAUUGCUUCCUGCCUGGGUCAAUCCGGAUCUAGAUCGCUUGAUGGUGGUGAAACAUGCUGACGGCGAUUUUCGAUCAUGGUCGGAAUCACUUGUCGACCUUCCCGCGGGGGCGCUAUUCGCUCGCAUUACUGGAGUGACAACCAUUUCUCCGCCGAAUUAUUUGUCCGUACAGGCUGGACCUGAUCUGCAUCUCGAACUAAACUCGGAUCUUCAAUAUAUCAACCAUUCGUGUGAACCAACACUGGAAUGGGACAUGUCGUGCAUGGAGAUACGGCCUUUCGAUUGCUGGUGCGGUGCAGGAGAGGGGAAGUGUUUAGGUCGUAUUGAGGGUGCCGCCAAACUCGGCACAGAGAAAUCGAAAAAUUGGUGGCUUAAUGAAUACAUAAGGGAGAUGUUGGAGGAGCAAGAGAAGGCAAACCCAAGGGAAGACUGA